AUGGACUCGGACGAUGAGAUAGAAAUUAUUGGCGAGAGGAGCUCACGGCCAUCCUGUGCUCAGGCUGGCCUAACACUCUGCCAGUUGUGUAACAUGAAUUUUGACUCCGAGAACCUCAGCGAACUUCAGCGCCAACAGCACUAUGAAGCACACUUCAACUCCAGCUCUAGUAAACAAUCUAGUAAUAAAUUCAAGAAACCAGCAAUACCCAAAGACUUGUUCAAACCUUGCAGCUUCCAACUACCACUUAGGAAGAAACCGGCAGAUGAAUUUUGGUAUCCUACCCUGUCAAGACCGCCACCUGACAACUGCUGUCCAGGCUUGAUCCCGCUCUUGAAACAUGCUUUGAAGAAAUGUCAUACCAAAGGAAACACGCGCAGAGCUGUUCUCUGCUAUGAAUCAGCUACUCAUAUCUGUGUCGAGGCAUUUGACCGCCGAUGGGGAUGUGGAUAUCGCAAUUUCCUCAUGGCAUGUGCUGCGCUCAUGGAUCAGCAAAUCCAGAACAUAUAUUUUGCCUUACUAGAUGACCCCUUUCCCCCUGGUGUUCGCAAUUUGCAACGUUGGAUAGAAGCUGCGUGGAAGGAAGGUUAUGACCGUGAAGGUGCCAAAGACUUAAGGAACCUGGUAGACACAAAUAAAUGGAUUGGUACAGCAGACGCGCUUUCAGAACUCUAUACCGCAUUCACAUUUCGUGGAGUCCCCUCGCAGCUCGUAGAUUUUGAUCUUUCAAAGAGCGAGAAAGGGAUUCAAGUUAUGAUAGACUGGAUUGUCCAAUACUUUUCGCCACCAAAUUCAAAACAAGGCACGGUGACUGAUGUCCUCCGCGGCGCUUCGCCUGUGAUUGCAACGGACAAAAUGCCUCUUGUUCUGCAGUUUAAUGGCCAUUCUCAAACAAUCAUUGGAUACGAGAUCUCAAAGAAUGGGGACACCAAUCUUCUCGUAUUUGACCCUUCAAGGCCACCUAGACUGAGCAUGCGUCGAGCUGCAAUAGCUGGAUCUUCUUCUGUUGUAUGGGAACAGUCUCGGACAAAUCAAGUGCUACAGUCUGUCAUACAUCCAACGUCUAACGGACGCUCCUCGAAGCUGAAACGUCCUUCGUCGUCUUCCGAUAUACAACAGCACAAACGAAGUAAAUCAUCUGAACCAGACAACGAGAUCAUCAUCGUGGAAGACUCUGACACACCCAGGAAUGACGAGGGAUCGGGCAUUUCUCCAGGUCAAACGCAGCCAUUGACACUCGACCCUAGCAACGUCGUUAAUCACUUUCGGCUUGGCACGCGUAAAUUGCAGCGCAAGCAAAACUACCAGAUACUAUACUUUCCCAUGACCGAUCCAUGGUCCAUUGAAGAACGUAACAAGCGAAAGGUUGUAACGAGCAUCUCGUGUGGUUGA